GCGGUUGAAGGGAUUGUGGCCACGAGGGGUAUCGGAGGCGCAUACUCGGACACGCCCCGUCCACCUCACUCGCCCUCACACUUGUGGCCACCCUCGGCCCACUGCUCUGCCGCGUCCGAUCCUGCGCAUUUUAUAUGGGUCGGAGAAUUGCAGUGCUGCGAACGAAUAUGACCGAUCCAACUGUUUUUUUAUUGAAUCCAACAGGUUUGCACCUCGAGUGGAAUCUGUAGUUGAGUGAAUCUCAAGUUGGGGCCCUUUUGUUGCGAGUGGUGAAUUGUGGGAGGUGCUGUAGGGAACACUGUGAUGGCGUCUGCAACGUGCUCUCUGUGUGGAGCGGGCGCACUGGCUGCCUCUUCCUAUGGCAUUGAAGGGUUGAAACCGCAGUCGUGUGAGACGUCGGAGCGAAGUGGGUCUCGUAGGUGCGUUGCGGUGCGCGCGGCUGCGAAGGGCAAGCCUGGGAAGGGAGGCGAAGACAAAGAAGACAAGAAGUCAUUGUUUACUAGUCUUACGGAUGCGUUGGAUUUCGCGGCGGUGAGGUCGGAGAAAGACGCUGAGCUUCUUCAGGACGCGCGGCAAGCCACCAAAUCCGGCGAGAAAAUGUCCCGCGAACAAUACGGAGCAUUGAGGCGCAAAAUUGGAGGAACUUAUGGAGACUUUUUCAAAGGCUACGUAGAAGUUGAUGGGGCGUACGUGGACGAAGGUUGGGUCGACAAAACCUGCAAAUACUGCAAGAAGGACACGAAAGGUGCUCCCCGAACUAAGGACUCAAGUGGACGCUACGCACACGUUGCCUGCGCCGAAAAUGCUCCCAAGGGAAAUUUCUUUUCAAGGCUCUUCGGCCAGUAGCUGAUGCCGGUCUCAAGCUAUAUUCGAUUCCACCAUUGCAUGACGCCACACUCUUUCUCACUCCGAAAUGAUUCAUUCAAUUGCUCGAGGCAGUCAUUUGGUAUAUAAUUGGAACAAUUUAGAAUGACAUACCUGACAUUCUUCGUUUGAUCAUAAAGUAUCUCGUCAUCUCAGAGCGUAGUUAGUUUCGAAUUGACUUUUUGUAUCAUAUCCAACAGUUAUAGUACUAAUUUGAGUGAUCAUCUCAAGCAAUUUUUUUA